GUGCAGAUAUAGUAGUGCUUAUGUUUGCUCCAAUAAGACUGAACCUUGCUGUUUUGUCCAUAAGAGGGAGUCAAGUUUCUUAUAUGCACUGUUUUCUCCCGCGUCCACAACACAGUGGCAGAGCACACUGACCCGAGAGGGGGAAACGUCGCUUGAGAACGAUUUCUUUCUGUCACAGUGGCUGUGGAAACUCCCAUCUGUGUUCGGACAGUCAGCCGGUCGGUCAGUGCGCCUCUUCAGCCUCCACUCCCAACUUCGCCUCUGCGCCACAGCUGGAGAACAUCAGGGUUAAUGACCACCAGGAAGCUCCUUCAUUUGACAUACCUGGAUUAACUCACAGGCGGCGAAAUAUAUACAGGCCUAUAUUCCCUUUUCUUUUACUCCUUUUCUUGUAACGGAGAGACUUUUUCUCUGUCGGGAUGUUGUGGAAAUUAGCCGACAACGUGAAAUAUGAGGAUGACUGUGAGGAAAGGCACGACGGCAAUAGCAAUGGGAACCCCCGGCUGCCUCACCUGCCCGCGGUCAGUCAGCACCUCUACAGCCCGUCUCCCUCCCUCUCACACUCGGCCAGUUCAGACUUCCAACCCCCGUACUUCCCGCCUCCCUACCAGCCCAUCUCCUACCCGCAGUCCAGUGACCCUUACUCCCACCUCGGCGACCCCUUCAACAUCAACUCCAUACACCAGUCACCCUCGUCGAACCAGCAGCAGCCGUGGCCCGGCCGGCAGGGCCAAGAGGGGCUGGGCGCCCACGCACGGAGCGGACUCGCAAGUCAGAUCCUGGGCCUGGAAGGAGGCGCGUCCGGGGUGAGGAGAGAAGGCUUCCGACGGCCGGAACUGCUGCCCCCACACGCGCACGGCCUAGACUCGUCGGUUAUUGGUGAUAACAUGGGGAUGCACGACAUGGGGCACGGACUGGAAGAUGUUCAACAUGUAGAUGACCACAGUAUUAUUAUGGCAGAUCAGACAGUCAUCAAAAAAGUAUUAGGACUACGAGGUGGCAGGAACCUUGAUCGCUUACAGAGGACUUAUUUUCAGGGGGGAAUUCUUGCGGGUCCUGUCACUCUUCCCAAAGGCAAUGCGCUGGGUCUACCUUUCCAGAAAGAGUCCCUGCUGGGCAUGGUAUCAAACCCCACAGAGGUAUUCUGCUCCGUACCGGGCCGCCUUUCCCUGCUGAGCUCCACUUCCAAGUACAAGGUUACCGUAGCCGAGGUCCAGAGACGUCUGUCGCCCCCAGAGUGCCUCAACGCGUCGCUUCUGGGAGGGGUUCUACGCAGAGCCAAGUCAAAAAAUGGAGGUCGUUCACUGAGAGAAAAGCUGGAUAAAAUCGGGCUGAACCUGCCUGCAGGAAGGAGAAAGGCAGCCAAUGUCACUCUACUUACCUCACUAGUAGAAGGUGAAGCUGUUCAUUUAGCAAGAGACUUUGGUUACGUCUGUGAAACAGAGUUCCCUGCAAAGGCAAUUGCGGAAUACCUGGGCAGGCCACACGUGGAACGCAAUGAGGUUAACUCUCGUAAGAACAUGCUCCUCGCUGCCAAGCAAAUCUGCAAGGAGUUCACGGACCUGCUCACGCAGGACCGUUCACCUCUGGGAAACUCUCGGCCGGCACCCAUCCUAGAACCUGGAAUCCAAGGCUGUCUGACCCACUUCAGCCUCAUCACUCAUGGCUUUGGUUCUCCAGCCAUCUGCGCUGCCAUGACCUCACUUCAAAACUACCUGAACGAGGCACUCAAACAAGUGGACAAGAUGUACCUGAGCUCUGGUAGUGACACCCAGGGAUCUUCAGACAGUGGAAGCAAAUCUACCGACAAAAUGGACAAACACAGGAAAUGAGAGCUCAGAGGAGAACCAUGUGAACUUGAGAUCCCUGAGUCCCUUAAUCUUGCCGCCCUGUCUGCCCUUUUUUUGGACUUUUUAAAAAUCUGUAUUAGUAUUGCCAUUUCAAGAGCCGAAUUUGUGCGUGUGUGUGUGCUGUGUUGAAUUUUUAACAAAUUAUUGAGAAGUGGACAAUUUCUAAAAACAUCACAGCUGGCUGCAAAUCGUUGUGUUGGCACCUAUGAUGAACGCCUGUGGACAUGGUCCUAAUGGGAGCCUACCCUGUGAGGUGUGAC